AGGCUAUUACUCAAAGUCUCUAUAAUUGAACAGACCUCCCCACCCGAUCCUCGCCAGGAUGUCUCUGUCUCGGUGAUCGCCUUUGUUUUUCAACAGCUGGCGCAAUAAGCGUUUUUCCUUCGUAGCUUCGCCAAAGAAAACUCCAGCCCGAUUUGGUCGUCUGCUGCCGCGGCAACCUAACCGUUCGCCGUUUGUCGUUUGUUGCCUGUGCGGUGCGGUAUCUACGGUGCCAGUGUUCCGGGGAGUUACGUGCCGUCUCUUGGACCGACGGAGUUUGGAGAAGUGCUGCGCAGUUGGUGGGCGACGCUGUCCGAGGCGCGCGAGGGGAUGUUCCGGGCGGGCAGGAAGCAGCUGGGCAAACGGCAAACGGCGAACGGUAACAUUAAUGGGGCUUCGAAGAAACUUCGAACCGAUCAGCGAGUACCAAACUUUGAGGAUACGGCAGCAGGAAAGGAAGCUGACCAGGGCGUACCGGAUCCGAAAGGGAUGCCGGACGACGGCACGGCCGGUGGCUAUUCAGUGCUAACACACGAACGCCGCGUCGUACGUGGCCAGACCGGGAAGAAGUUUCUUGAUUGUGAAAUUCCUCGCUUCGGAACGCUGGUCGAGCGUACACGUUGCCGAUCGGCGGGUGACUACAUUAUUGGCCACGAACUGGGCACGAGUCCCGGCGUUCUGCAGGUCCAGUACCUGGCGCGAAAGGCAGGAACCGACGAGUACUAUCUGUUGAAGAUUCUUAGCUUCGAUCCGGGCUCGGAAGUGGUCCACAAGGAGGUGAUCCAAGCGAAGAUACUGCAUCACAACGAGUACACGCUCCUGUCGAUGUUGGCCGAUCUCGAUGGCGUCAUCAACGAGCGCGGUUUCUUCAGCGAUUACGCGUUCGAGGAGCGCGAACAGGAACAACCGGACGGUUCAUGG